CGCGAGAGCGUUAGGCUAUUCGCUGGACGGAGGGCGGUGUCGGUCGGCACCCCCGUGGUGUCCUGCUGGCCUUUGCACUUGUUGUGUCGCUUCCCCACCUUCGGGCAACCUCUGAUUUGUAGGGCUUGGAUCGCCGAGGUUCAGCCGUCCUCUGUCGCAGCCGAGACAGGCCGGCCAGUGAGUAAGACUGUGCACUGUGAGGUCAGUUCUUGUUCCUGUUGGCUGUUUUCCAUGCUCUAUCAUGUUGAGGGCCAAGACUCAGCUUUUUUGGCUUUCACCUCAUCACCUGAAGCAGCUCACAGAGUCAUCAGGCUCCCAACUUGCAUGGCCACGACUUCUGCACCAGCAACAACCCCUUCACCCAGAGUGGGCUGCCUUGGCUAAAAAGCAGCUGAAAGGCAAAAACCCAGAAGAACUAAUAUGGCACACCCCAGAGGGGAUCUCCAUCAAGCCCUUAUAUUCCAGCAGGGAUACCAAAGACCUCCCUGAAGAACUUCCAGGAGUGAAGCCAUUCACGCGCGGACCAUAUCCCACCAUGUACACCUAUAGGCCCUGGACCAUCCGCCAGUAUGCUGGGUUUAGUACCGUGGAAGAGAGCAAUAAGUUCUAUAAGGACAAUAUUAAGGCUGGUCAGCAGGGGUUAUCAGUUGCCUUUGAUCUAGCAACACAUCGUGGCUAUGAUUCAGACAACCCUCGAGUUCGUGGUGAUGUUGGAAUGGCUGGAGUUGCUAUUGACACUGUAGAAGAUACCAAAAUUCUUUUUGAUGAAAUUCCUUUAGAAAAAAUGUCAGUUUCCAUGACCAUGAAUGGAGCAGUUAUUCCAGUUCUUGCAACUUUUAUAGUAACUGGAGAAGAGCAAGGUGUACCUAAGGAGAAGCUUACUGGUACAAUCCAAAACGAUAUACUGAAGGAGUUUAUGGUCAGAAAUACGUACAUUUUCCCUCCAGAACCAUCCAUGAAAAUCAUUGCUGACAUCUUCCAAUAUACAGCAAAGCACAUGCCAAAAUUUAAUUCAAUUUCAAUUAGUGGAUACCAUAUGCAGGAAGCUGGGGCUGAUGCCAUUCUGGAGCUGGCCUAUACUAUCGCAGAUGGGUUGGAAUACUGUAGAACUGGACUCCAGGCUGGCCUAACAAUUGAUGAAUUUGCACCACGGUUGUCUUUCUUCUGGGGAAUUGGGAUGAACUUUUAUAUGGAAAUAGCAAAAAUGAGAGCUGGGAGAAGACUCUGGGCUCACUUAAUAGAGAAAAUGUUUCAGCCUAAAAACUCUAAAUCUCUUCUUCUAAGAGCACAUUGUCAGACAUCAGGAUGGUCACUUACUGAGCAAGAUCCCUACAAUAACAUCAUUCGUACCACAGUAGAAGCAAUGGCCGCGGUGUUUGGAGGGACUCAGUCUUUGCACACAAAUUCUUUUGAUGAAGCCCUGGGUUUGCCAACUGUGAAAAGUGCUCGAAUUGCCAGGAACACACAAAUCAUUAUUCAAGAAGAAUCUGGGAUUCCUAAAGUGGCUGAUCCUUGGGGAGGUUCAUACAUGAUGGAAUCUCUCACAAAUGACGUUUAUGAUGCUGCCUUGAAGGUCAUUAAUGAAAUUGAAGAGAUGGGUGGAAUGGCCAAAGCUGUUGCGGAGGGAAUACCUAAACUUCGGAUUGAAGAAUGUGCUGCCCGAAGACAAGCUAGAAUAGAUUCUGGUUCUGAAGUAAUUGUCGGAGUAAAUAAGUAUCAGUUGGAAAAAGAAGAAUCUGUGGAUGUUCUGGCAAUCGAUAAUACUUCAGUGCGCAACAAGCAGAUUGAAAAGCUUAAGAAGGUCAAAUCCAGCAGGGAUCAAGCUUUGGCCGAACGAUGUCUUGCGGCCCUGACUGCAUGUGCCGCCAGUGGCGAUGGGAAUAUCCUCGCUCUUGCAGUAGAUGCAGCCCGUGCAAGGUGUACUGUUGGAGAAAUCACAGAUGCAAUGAAAAAGGUAUUUGGUGAACAUAAAGCGACUGACCGUAUGGUGAGCGGAGCCUACCUCCAGGAAUUUGGAGAGAGUAAAGAGAUAGCAUUUGCUGUUAAGAGGGUUCAUAAAUUCAUGGAACGUGAAGGUCGCAGACCUCGUCUUCUUGUGGCAAAAAUGGGACAAGAUGGACAUGACAGAGGAGCGAAAGUUAUCGCUACAGGGUUUGCUGAUCUGGGGUUUGAUGUGGAUAUUGGUCCUCUUUUUCAGACUCCGCGGGAAGUGGCCCAGCAGGCUGUGGAUGCAGAUGUGCACACUGUGGGAGUGAGCACGCUCGCUGCUGGGCACAAAACCCUAGUUCCCGAGCUCAUCAAGGAGCUUCACGCCCUCGGACGGCCAGAUAUCCUUGUCACGUGUGGAGGGGUGAUACCACCGCAGGAUUAUGAAUUUCUGUUUGAAGCUGGUGUUGCCAAAAUAUUUGGUCCUGGGACUCGAAUUCCAAAGGCUGCUGUUCAAGUGCUUGAUGACAUUGAGAAGUGUCUGGAAAAGAAGCAGCAAUCUAUGUAACAUCCUGCUUUUGUUUCAGCUUUUUUCUAAAAUACUCUUUCAGUGAUGAUCAAAGAAGUGAGUAAAGCCAUGUCUUCAAAUCAACUCUUGUGCUUUUCUGAAAGCUUUACGUUAAAAUACUGACUUACAAGCAUGCUGUCAUGCUGUAAGGGUGUGUGUAUAGUUUCACUUUAAUUUUAAUUUUAAAAAUUUAAAAAUUUACCCUUAUAAACUCUCUAUAACACAUGCUCAAUACUUUAUCAGAAACUCUAGAAAAAUGUAUUAUUUUUUAAAAUUGUGACAUUUAUUUGAAAUAUUUCUUAUAAAUCUAUUUCUUUUCUAUUUCAGGAAUUAAACGUUACCUAAAAUAAAACCUGAUUAGUCCCAUUCUUUAACAUUAUAUUGACUUGAACACCAGAAAGUAUAAUCCAUGUAUGAAUAAAUAAUUCUACCUAUCUUGGAAAAAAUAGUGGAAGAGGGUUUAUGUAGGGAAUAUAUCAUGAUUGUGGUUCUCAGCCAAAUUCUACCAGAACUACUUUGACAAGGGUAUUAAAAUCAGACCCAGGGUUGGAACAGAGUGAGGAGUGGCAGAAUAUUUCUUCAAGUGUGACUUUACUUUCUUCCUGGACAUGAGCAUGUGACCUUGUUAUUGCUGGGCUGGGCUCAAGAUCCAGGAAAGUGGAUCCAUAUAAAUAUCCCCUGAAAUGACAGUGCCUGGGUUAUUAACAUGGCUUCCUCCAGAAUGAUGGUAUUCUGAUGGACACUGGGAGGGUUGGCUAUGUUUGAUGUCUAUGGAAAGACAGUGCUAUAAUUCAGUCUGAGCCUGAAGGCCUGAGAACCAGGGGAGCCCAUGGCUUAAAUUCCAGUCCAGAGGCCCGAGAAGAUGAUGUGAGAUGCCCCAGCUCAAUUGUAGAGCAGGACAAAAGGGGUGAAUUCCUUCCUCCUCUACCUUGUGUUCUAUUUAGGCCCUCAACAGAUUGGAUGGUGCCCACUCACGUUGGGGAGGGCAGUCUGCUUCACCAGUUCCACUGAUUCAAAUGCUAAUUUCAUCAGGAACACCCUCUCAGACCCCUAGACAUAAUGUUUAAUCUGGGUACCCCCGGCCAGUCAAGUUAACACAUACAGUAACUAUCACAGAGCCCUUUGACAUUGCUGGUGGGAAUGUACAAUUAUGAAGCUGCUGUGGAAGAUGAUAUUGUUCUUCAGAAAAUGUUAAACAGAAUUGGCAUACGGCCCAGCAAUUUCACUUCUGGGUAUAUAUUUGAAAGAACUGAAAGCAGAGACUCAAACACGUUUGUACAUUAAUGUAUGUAUGUUAUGUUCUGGCAGCAUUAAUUACAAUAGCCAAAAAGUGGAAGCAACCCAAGUGUCCAUCGACAGAUGACUGGAUAAACUAAAUGUGGUAUAUACGUACAAUAGAAUACAAUUCAGCCAGAAAAAGGAAGGAAAUUCUGACAUGUAAUAACAGAUGAAUCUUGAAGACAAGAUGCUAAGUGAAAUAUGCCAGUCAUGAAAGGACAAAUAUUGUCUGAUUCUGCUUAUAUGAGGCACCUAGGUCAAAUUCAUAGAGGCAGAAAGUAGAAUGGUGCUUGCCAGGGCCUGGGGAGAGCAGGGGUUGGGAAAUUAAUGUUUAAGGGGUAUAGAAUUUCUGUUGGGAAGAUGAAAAAGUUCCAGAGAUGGAUGCUGGUGGUGGUUGCACAGUAUGAAUGUCCUUAAAGCCAUAGAUCUGUACACUUAAAAAUGGCUAACAUGGUAAAUUUUAUGUUGUAUCUAUUUUACCACAAUAAAAAAGUGUAUAGGACAGUCCUGGCAUAUGGUAUGUGUUUUUAUAAAUGUUAGUUGUUAGUAUUAUUGUUAUUUUAUUAUCAUUGAAGAAUGGAUGUUAAGACAUGGAACUGGGAAGAUAGGCAGGGGCAGAUCAUGUACACAGGCUUGUACAGUUAAGGGACUCAAACUUUAUGCUGAAGAUAAAGACAGACUCAUACAAGGGUUUUAAGCAGGAAGAUAAUCUGGUAGGAUUUGUGUUUUAGCAUAACAGCUGUGUGGAAGAUGCCUUUUAAUGGAGGCCAGACUAGAGAUAAGAGACUUACAAUAAUAAAAUAGAGAAAUUCUAAGUAAGCUUAUCUGCUUAGGUGCAGAGAUGGCAGAGAUGGAGAGGAUAUGAUUUUAUUUUGGAAGACUGAAUUGACAGAAUCUGGCUUUUAACUUUAAAAAACUAGGCUCUUGAUCUUUAGGGAUUUGCUGUGUGGAAUCUGCUGUCUCCCUGUCCCCUCACUGAUUUUAGUGGUUCUUUUGUGGAUCUUUUUUGAUGUGCAGUGAUUUCACAACUGGAUGCACUGGCAUAAUGUCAAAAUGAGGAAAGAGUAGAAUUACAGGAUUUGUUUUCUAAUGAUUUUUUGGUCAGUCCCUGAGCUUUAGAAGCUUGUCUAGCUUUGGAAAUACCCUAGAAUGGUGUCUCUGGAGUACUUUGAAGAUGUCAAAUCCUUUUCCUGCAACUUAAUGGAAAUUUAAGUGUUAUAUAAAUAUUAUAAUAGUAAUGUAGAAAGUGGGGGAGAGGUUUGAAGAGGCAUUCUUUUUGAGCAAAACCUGCAUGGAAGUAGGAGAGAUAAAGUAACAAAACAAAAGAAAAUGGGAUGAUUUCUUCCUCUGAUUUCCAUUUUGGGGAGUGGGGGUUCAGGGAAUGGAGAGGAGAGGUGAGGGGGUGUUAAUCAGCCUUAGAUCUAUGUCCACAGACAAGAUUAUGCCUUAUGUCACCAUCAGCCUCUUCUUGAAUCUUUAAAUUCCUAUCCACUUCAUACUACUCAAAACCCUUCUUAAAAAAAAGAUCUAAUAAAUCCAUUUAUGUUAUGGCAUAAAUGUCUGCUAGUGUGGACCAUGUUUUUUCUACCAGGAGUAUUUUUAUUUUAAAUGAGGGGGAAAAAAUAACCAAAGUGAUGAAUAUCUAAAUAUACUUGUUAUUUGGCAGACACUCAGUAAAAAUAAGGAUAAUGAUGAUGAUUGUAACUAAUGUUAUUUCUACCAGUAGGUAAAUCCUGACCCAUUUCCAAGGAAUGUGGACCAUGCCUUUUUAGGCCAUUUGACAAAGCUUGAUCUUCAUAAAUUGCCCUAGGUUGAAAGAUAAAAUUUUAAUAUAUGUAUAUCUACGUUACUAAGAUAUUCUUGUCUGAUUUGUGCUUAUCAUUAUGAAGAACGCUCUUCACUAUUCAAAAAUAUUUUCAAAGAAAAUUAUUUUGGUUUGUCUGAUUAAACAUAAUGCUACCGUUUUCUGCUUUUCAGAUCCUCCUUUUAUUUAUUUAUUUUUUUCUAAUGUGCCUGUAGGUGUCUCCCUAAGUUCAGGAUUACUCUGUUUCCCUGAAGCAAUGUUUGAAAUGAUGCCCAACCUGGAGACCCAUUGUUGCUAUAAACACUCUCAGAAAAUCUCUUUAAUAAUCUGCCUAGAUGCACCUAAUGUCAUCCUUUAUGACUGUGAUCUGUGGUCAGUAAAACUAGAUGUUGGUAAUUGUUCAUGAACUGUGCUGCAUCUGUGCUAAGAUGAUUAGUUCAUUAGCAGUGAAGCUAGAAUAUGACCUUGGAUAUGAGAUUAUUAUUGAAUUCUUUUCAGUAAAUCCAUUCCUAAAUCACACUAACUCAUGUUAAGUUACCUAUUCUUCAUGGUCUGUUUCCUCCCUCUGCAUUCAAACCUCUUACUGUUGUACUGACCUCCUCUUACCAUUACCAUGAGGACAGGGAGUGAUGUUGAGAGUAUUCACAGACAACACAAUAUAUAAAUUCCCUUAAAGUCCUUUAAGGAUGAGAAAUGCAGAAUUUAAUAACUCCUUGCGGGAUUGUUCAGAUAUCCUUGCGAUUCUGAGAUCAUGGACAAAAUAUCAAUCCAGAUAGUUCAUGCCAUAAAUUCAUGUAAUGUACUACUUUUAUUGGUCGACUAUCAGUUGUUAAAUUCUAAUAUGCUAUUGCUUUCAGAAAAUAAAAACAUACAAGAU